AUGCUGUGGGGGGCGUCCGCUAUAUCACAAAUGCACCAGCCUUCCAAGCCUGUUAAGUCGAAAGGAGCCAUUUCGAAAGUGUCAGGGCGCAGUAAACCGAAGCCAAAAACUUCGGUGGAUGCGCUAGUUGAACGCUUCCAGUCUCUAUCGAAGGCGGAGCGGUACAACGUCAUCACCAAAGUGGCGAAGAACUAUACGAGCGAGCUCGAAAAGAUCCUGAAGACCGCCGACACAGACCAAGACGGUCUAUUGAGUCACGACCAACUGCGCGGGCUAUUAACGUCCCGUUUUCGUCUCCGUCCGGUGGCAAGCAACAACCCAGCCGCGUCCCUGUCUUCUCGUGCUUUGGCUCCACCAACUCGUCGUCAACUGAAGUAUGUGAUGAUCGGCUCGGCUAUUCCGUUCAUGGGUUUCGGUCUCAUCGACAACCUGAUCCUGUUGGUGGCAGGAGAUGCUAUUGAGACGCAUUUCCACUCGUCCUACGCCAUGUCGAUGCUGUGCGCCGCCGCAUUGGGCAAUACUGUGGCUGACGUGGUGGGUCUGAGUCUGGGCGGUGGGAUCGAGUCCUUGGCUCGGCGUCUAGGCAUUCCGGAUCCCAUGCUCUCCAAAGCGCAGGCUAACAUGUCCAUCACGCUCUGGUGCAAUUUCUUCGCGUCUGCUGGAGGCAUCACACUCGGCUGUUUGAUUGGUAUGAUUCCGCUGCUCUUCAUGAACCACGACGCAUACGAGGAGGAGCAGACGGGUGUGCCUGUGAAGAGGAAUAAGGACGACGUCGUCGAAGCCGCAUCGGCUAAUUAG